GAUCAAUUUUCUAUUAAUGUUUAUAAUAAUUUCAUUCAUUUACAAUUUUAUAUUCAGUGGCUGUUCGGUUGAUUACAGCAGCUACCAACACCAUUCGCAUAACAUUUUGCAUACUAAGUUUUCAAUUGUCGACUAUUAAGUGUUUAAUAUAGCAUGGUGUUAAUCCUUUUUUUUUUUUUUUCUGGGAAGGUGAGAUUCUUGAAAUUAUGUGCGUGUCUUCAUUACGUAACUGAACCCUAAAUCACUGUCAUUUUCUCCUGAUUACUCUAUACAUCAAUGCCGGCCAUUCUUAUUCUAUUGCAUUUCUCUUUAUUAUAAAUAUAUUCUUAACCCUAAACUGUUUAAUACCUUCCAUCUUUUCUUUAGCUUCCAACUAUAACCACACCAUGUCCAAACGAUUCAAAAUCAAAUUCAAUGUCCCUUCCAUAUGUCGCUCAAAAGACCUUUCUUCUUUCCCAGGAAACCCCGUUCCUGCCAUAUACCGUCUCUCUCCCGUUAACCACAACGCACGUCAUUCCGACCUUCCUUCUCCCCAAUCGUCCAAGAUAACGUCGUCCGUUUCGCAGGGGUGCAAAAUGUGCCGUGACAAGGAGCCAUACAAAGCGAAAUCCAGAAGCCGGAAAGGCACGUCGAGCGUUCCGUCGAGGCGAAGCGAUUUUCUAAUCGACAACGUCGAGGAAGAGGAAAGCGAGACGCUGAUUUCUUGCUUGACAAGUUUCUCCGACGAGAUUUGUCACGAGGAGGCGAGGGAUUUGAGAAACGGUGGGCAUAGAAGGAAGACGAGCAGCGUGAAGAAGGUUCAGAGCGUGAGGUUUCGGAGCUCUUCGGAGAAUCGAGGAGGAGCGGGAACGACGGAGAAGGUGAAGAAAAUGUCGACGACGGUGACGCGGAGCAAUGUUGAGGGGAAGGUGAGGGAGAGCUUUGCGGUGGUGAAGAAGUCGAAGGAUCCUUACGAAGACUUCAAGAAAUCGAUGAUGGAGAUGAUAACGGAGAUGGAGAUGUCUGAGGCGGAAGACCUGGAACAGCUUUUGCAGUGUUUCUUGGCUUUGAACUCGCGGAGUUACCAUGCAGUCAUUGUUAGAGUUUUCAUGGAGAUUUGGCAACAAAUGUUCGUGUGGAACCCAAAGUCCGCCAAAAAUCUCACGGACGUUAAAACUGAAACGGAAAAGUAAACUGUGCUUUGUUUUAGGUUACUUUAUAUGUGAAUGAGUUAGUCUUAGGAUGUUUGAUUUGUUUUUGGAUUGAUAAUUUAUUCAUAUAAACCUUU